ACGUUAUUCCAAAAAUCUUUUCCGUCAAUCAUCCCCGAGGCAAAAUCGGCAAUUGGACGUGUAGCGGGCCCAAAGCAGCCCAGCAUAAGUAUUGCGUAAGCUACCACAUGGGGACCACUCGGCGAAAAUUUAGUUUUUGAAAACAGUCGAGGUGCUUCACCCAUGCAGAUACUGCGUCGCCCGCCCACUCCAUGGAGUUGGGCGCUCAUAGGUACCAGGUCACCGCCAACUUGCCUCCUUGUCUCCUGGGUGGGGAGACGCGCUGCGUCUGCAGCCUCGGUGGCGCGCAAGACGUCCAACUCGCCCUUGGAGUUCCCCAAGUAUGAGCUCUCUGGGGCCGAUAUGAAGAGAGUUAAUUUUCAGAGAAACAUUGGUGUUUCCGCCCACAUCGAUUCAGGGAAGACUACUCUGACAGAACGUAUUCUUUACUACAGCGGUCGAAUUCGAGACAUUCAUGAGGUCCGUGGCCGAGACGCUGUCGGUGCCAAGAUGGACAGCAUGGAGCUGGAGCGCGAGAAAGGCAUUACCAUCCAAAGCGCUGCGACGUUCUGCGAUUGGAAUGCGACGUCCCCAAUAACCGGUGACAAGGACAAGUAUGCCAUCAACAUUAUUGACACUCCCGGUCACGUCGACUUCACAAUAGAGGUCGAACGUGCUCUCAGAGUACUCGAUGGCGCAAUCUUGGUACUGUGUGCUGUUGCGGGCGUUCAGAGCCAAACGACCACCGUUGAUCGUCAAAUGCGCCGAUACAAUGUUCCUCGUAUAUCUUUCGUUAACAAGAUGGACAGGCCCGGUGCCAACCCUUGGAGGGUUAUCAACCAAAUCCGAACUAAGCUUAAGAUCGCUGCCGCUGCCGUGCAGGUUCCGAUAGGGGUAGAAGAUGAAUUCAGGGGCGUUGUUGAUCUUGUUCGUUGGAAAGCAGUGUACAACGAAGGAGAGAAAGGUAUUAACGUUGUCGAGUCCGACGAAAUUCCCGCAGAAGUUCUGGGACUUGCAAAGGAAAAACGUGCGGAACUCAUUGAACAGCUAGCGGAGGUCGACGAACAGAUUGGUGACCUCAUUUUGUGUGACGAGAUUCCGACGAAUGUGCAGAUCGCCGAAGCUAUUCGUCGAACAACCGUCGGACUGAAAUUUUCACCCGUUUUCCUUGGUUCGGCGAUCAAGAACACUGCGGUGCAGCCGUUACUAGAUGGAGUAUGUUCAUACCUUGCUAACCCAGCUGAGUCGACGGUUACGGCACGCGAUACUACUCAACCUGCGUCUCCUCCAAUCCCUCUCGUCCCAGCUGCUGAAGCGCCUCUUGUCGUAUUGGCAUUCAAAUUGGAGGAGGGUCGCUUUGGUCAACUGACCUACAUGCGGGUAUAUCAGGGUACCCUGAAGAAAGGCUCCUACGUCGUCAAUGCCCGCACAGACAAAAAGGUCAAAGUCCCUCGCUUAGUUCGUAUGCACAGUAAUGAGAUGGAGGACAUUGAUUCCAUUGGCCCCGGGGAGAUUUGUGCGCUUUUUGGCGUUGAAUGCUCUUCUGGUGAUACUUUCACUGACGGAACUACCAGUUUCUCUAUGACAUCAAUGCAUGUACCGGAGCCAGUCAUAUCACUUGCGAUCAAACCCAUAGGCCAGGAAACCCCAAACUUUUCUCGCGCACUCAGCCGAUUUCAAAAGGAGGAUCCUACUUUCAAGGUUCAUAUUGACCCGGAGAGCAAAGAAACAAUUAUUUCCGGAAUGGGGGAACUUCACCUGGAAAUUCACGUGGAACGCAUGAGGCGUGAAUAUAAUGUGGCGUGUACCACGGACAAGCCGCGCGUCGCAUAUCGCGAAACCGUUACUCAGCGUGCACAUUUUCAAUUCACUCACAAGAAGCAGACGGGAGGUGCUGGCCAGUUUGCACGUGUCAUUGGCUACGUGGAACCUAUGGAAUUUGAUCCUGAAAUUGGCCGCGACACGCAGUUCGAGAGUCUCAUCAUGGGUGGGGCUAUUCCGUCCAACUAUAUCCCCGCAUGUGAAAAAGGUUAUUUCGAAGCAUUGGAGAAGGGUACCCUUUCUGGUAAUCCAAUUGUGGGUUGUCGCAUGGUUCUCCAAGAUGGCAGCUACCAUAUCGUGGAUUCUUCUGAAUUGGCAUUCCGUAUCGCAACAAUUAGCGCAUUCAGGGAAAUUUACAUGCAAACGAGGCCCAUUAUACUCGAGCCUAUCAUGACAGUUGAAGUUAUUGCUCCAUCGGAGUUCCAGAGUGCUGUCAUCGGGAGCCUGAACCAGCGGCGAGGUACGAUUUUGGAUAGCGAAGUCCGAGGCGAGGAGUUCGUGUGCACUGCAGAAGUCCCUUUGAACGACAUGUUCGGCUACUCGAGUCAACUUCGUGGCGUAACGCAGGGCAAAGGAGAAUUCAGCAUGGAGUACAGGACGCAUAUGCCUGUCCUUCCUAUUAUUCAAAAAGAACUUGCGGAGGCUUACCGCAAGACUUUACCUCAGGCGAAGAAGUAGAAUGACAUGCUACGUCCCGUAGCAACUGUCACACAUAGUUAAAGUUAUCACCUGAUACUCCCACUUAUAUAAUCUAAUUAGACACAACAUUGCU